AUGCGGGCAAGCCACGAAAGAGAGGCGCAGCCGCCACGCUUAUCCUCAAGCAGAAGAGGGGCCAGGGAGUACAGCCGCCACGCUUAUCCGGUGCCAGGCAAAGAGAAUGGGGGCCAGGGGGAAGAGGCGCAGCCGCCACGCUUAUCCAGAAUAGGGGCCAGGGGGUACAGCCGCCACGCUUAUCCGGUGCCAGGCGACCAGAAUGGGGGCCAGGGGGAAGAGGCGCAGCCGCCACGCUUAUCCUCAACCAGCAUAGGGCUUAUCCGGUGCCAGGCGAAGAGGCGAAGAGGUGCAGCCGCCACGCUUAUCCUCAACCAGAAUGACGCUUAUCCGGUGCCAGGCAAGAGGCGAAGAGGUGCAGCCGCCACGCUUAUCCUCAACCAGAAUGGGGGCGAAGAGGUGCAGCCGCCACGCUUAUCCUCAACCAGAAUGGGGGCCAGGGGCAAAAGGCGAAGAGGUGCAGCCGCCACGCUUAUCCUCAACCAGAAUGGGGGCCAGGGGGAAGAGGCGCAGCCGCGAAGAGGUGCAGCCGCCACGCUUAUCCUCAACCAGAAUGGGGGCCAGGGGGAAGAGGUGAAGAGGUGCAGCCGCCACGCUUAUCCUCAACCAGAAUGGGGGCGAAGAGGUGCAGCCGCCACGCUUAUCCUCAACCAGAAGGGGGGCGCAGCCGCCACGCUUAUCCUCAACCAGAAUAGGGGCCAGGGUGUACAGCUGCCACGCUUAUCCGGCGCCAGGCGAAGAGGUGCAGCCGCCACGUUUAUCCUCAACCAGAAUGGGGGCCAGGGGGAAGAGGCGCAGCCGCCACGCUUAUCCUCGACCAGAAUAGCAGCCGCCACGCUUAUCCGGUGCCAGGCGAAGAGGCGAAGAGGUGCAGCCGCCACGCUUAUCCUCAACCAGAAUGGGGGCCAGGGGCAAAAGGGGUGCAUCAACCAGAAUGGGGGCCAGGGGGAAGAGGCGCAGCCGCGAAGUGCCAGGCGAAGAGGUGCAGCCGCCACGCUUAUCCGGGGCGCUCAUCCUCAAGCAGAAUGCGGAAGCCACAACAAGAGGCGAAGAGGUGCAGCCGCCACGCUUAUCCUCAACCAGAAUGGGGGCCAGGGGGAAGAGGCGCAGCCGCGAAUCCUCAACCAGAAUGGGGGCCAGGGGGAAGAGGCGCAGCCGCGAAGAGGUGCAGCCGCCACGCUUGUCCUCAACCAGAAUGGGGGCCAGGGGGAAGAGGCGCAGCCGCGAAGAGGUGCAGCCGCCACGCUUAUCCUCAACCAGCGAAGAGGUGCAGCCGCCACGCUUAUCCUCAACCAGAAUGGGGGUCAGGGGGAAGAGGCGAAGACAGCCGCCACGCUUAUCCUCAACCAGAAUGGGGGCCAGGGGGAAGAGGCGAAGAGGUGCAGCCGCCACGCUUAUCCUCAACCAGAAUGGGGGACAGGGGGAAAAGGCGCAGCCGCCACGCUUAUCCUCAACCAGAAUAGGGGCCAGGGGGUACAGCCGCCACGCUUAUCCGGUGCCAGGCGAAGAGGUGCAGCCGCCACGCUUAUCCUCAACCAGAAUGGGGGCCAGGGGGAAGAGGCGCAGCCGCCACGCUUAUCCUCAACCAGAAUGCAUGGGGGCCAGGGGGUACAGCCGCCACGCCUAUCCGGUGCCAGGCGAAGAGGUGCAGCCGCCACGCUUAUCCUCAAGCAGAAUUGUGCGGAGGCGGGGACAAGGCCGGAGCGCUUAUCCUCAACCAAUAUGGGGUUCCAGGUGCGUGGUCUCAGCCCGAAGAACACGGAGGCGGGGACAAGCAACCAAUAUGGGGUCCCCGGUGCGUGGUGUCAACCUGAAGAAGACGGAGGCGGGGACAAGGCCGGAGCGCUUAUCCUCAACCAACAUGGGGUCCCAGGUGCGUGGUCUCAACCUGAAGAAGACGGAGGCGCAUGCAGAA